UUGUCGGUGCAUUUUGGCAUUGGAACAGUACCCUGCGAGCAUUGGUUCCUAUAAAUCCUGUUCUCUGUAAAGUUUGUAGAAUUCCACACAGAAGAUGUUACUGGUAGCUGUAUGUCUGGGGAUACUGGCUGUGGCCGCGGCAGAUAAAAAGCCCUGCUGUGCACCUCCACAGUGGGAAGGACUGAUUGGAGAGACAAUCGGUGGAGACCAUGAGGGCAAACCCUGGCUUUUACAGGAGGGUGCCCAGCUGUCGGUCUCGUGGCCAGAUAAAAAGAUGAACGUGAUGGGCCAGGCCAACAUGACUGGCGGAACCAGUGUCAUGUUCAGGGUCAUUCUGGAUUACAAGGCGAAACAACAAUACACCAUAGUCCACAAAAAAUGCACUAAAGCUGCCAUUGCAGACGAAAUGAUUAACGGAGUCCCAUCCAACGCCACCUACGCUGGCACCUUCUACUUUGGCGCCGGCAAGGAUAACGAGUUGAUGUUCGACACGUGGCUGGUCAAGUACAAAGGCAUGGACUUCCAGUCUGAACUGACCACCACUGUGAAGGACUGCAUCCCCAUCAGCUGGUUUGCCUUCGGGACGGUCAACAAAGAUAAGCUGAUAGAGACGGUUGGGUUUGUGAAUGUCACCCUUGGAAUUAAGGACAACAGCGUUUUUACUGUGCCAGACAUCUGCAAGAAGGCGUCUAAUGAGUACCCACACCCAGUACUGGCGGGUAUGGAUGGAAUGUUCCGACUGAAGUUAUAAGUCAAGUAGCUAUGACGUCACUUUAAUCAAUGAAGUCACAUAUUUCAAUGACGUCAUACAGACACCAAUGGCCAUGAUGUCACAAGCACACAUGACACCGCAUCAAAAAGAACUUAGAUGCAUUUUUAUGAAAUAUACAUCUGUUUGGUAUGAUCAACGAGGCGUGUUGCUCGGUUGUUAUCAUAAAGACAAAACAUCUCCAAUAAAGAUUUCUCUUAAUCGAA